AUGCGUCUUAUGGACGUCAGGUUUUGUGACUAUAGGUGUUUUGUUGUGGCAGACUGCUCGGCCAUUUUUCUUGAGGGAGCUUAAAAGUAGGCCGAUUUUCGAAAAGAUGGCCGAUUCCAGACACGGCAUGAUAAAUAACAACACUUUGUAUGAUAUUGAAUAACAUUCAGCUUAUUUGAAUAAUAAAUAUAUUGAACACUGGCUAUAUAAUACAUGUAUAUUUAUCUAACUGAAUUGCAUGUAAUCGGUGCAUGUCGCUGUACUAGUACCGUUGCCUCGCAUGCUAACAUUGUUAGCCAGCUGGCUACGUUAACCUAGCUAAUUAGCUAUUACUCCGUAGUGCACGCGCGGUUUUCUAAUUUAUGUGUUGUGAAAGUUCCACUUUUCACGUGGUGGUGUGCAUCUGACUUGCAUUCGAUUCCUCUUGAAAUAUUUAUACAAUUUUAAUGUAGAGCAGAAACGGAGACAGAUUGAAUGAAUGUGACACAAUAUGGCGACUCCCAGAGAAGCAUGAAAAUAGCAAUCCACAGUAAACAGGGGUCUAAUUAAAAAUGCUUUACGUGUAUUUAAUUGUGGUGCACUUCAUCCACAAAUUUACCAAUAUGACUGUAGUGGGAUAUGGCUGGUACGAGUUAUUGAUGAAGCAGUAGAUUAAACCUUAAAUUAACUAACACCGGUAUUAUUUGUCUGUUUCAUUUGUAUUCUCUUCCGCCAUUUUUCAGACUGGCUGAGGUUUGUUUGGUUGUUACAAGAUGGCGGCUCCCAUGGAGUAGCACUCUAUGAUUACUUCAGAGCUUUAACGGCAAAAUGCUACUGCAAAAAAACGACAUUUAGAAAGAAGUACAAUAGAACUUUGUUAUACGUUGAGUUGUGGUGAUUAAUACAUAUUUAUAAUUAUAUUUAGUAAGUAUUAGGUGUAUUGUGGUAAUAAUAGCCGGCUUUUUGCGAAGCGUUGUUAAAAUGGCGGCUUCCCUGGACUUUACAAUGACCAUAUUAUUUUUCACAUGUACGCUGUCAAUGCAUCGGUUUUGGUCCCAGCAAUCGAGUGCACGUGCAGUCUUCACUUUGCAAAAUGUGUCUUAUGUUUUGGUUUCACUUCGCAAGUAUCAACAAUAGACCUUAUCAGAACUUGUCAAUAUUGCUUUGGAAUGCUCCUUUUUUUGUAAUUUUUUUUUUCAUCUGAAGAGGACAUGACAUUUCCUGGUUCCGUGGUGUCUGGGACCACUAGUUCAUCUCUGCAGCCACGAUGGAAGCGGGUUCUAGGAUGGUCUGGGCCUGUGCCUCGGCCCAGACAUGGUCACAGAGCCGUUGCUAUAAAGGAAUUGAUGGUUGUUUUUGGAGGAGGAAAUGAAGGAAUUGUGGAUGAAUUGCAUGUCUACAACACAGCAACAAACCAAUGGUUUAUCCCUGCGGUUCGUGGUGAUAUUCCCCCUGGAUGUGCUGCAUACGGUUUUGUUUGUGAUGGCACCCGGCUUCUGGUGUUUGGUGGAAUGGUGGAAUAUGGAAAAUACAGCAACGAUCUCUAUGAGCUACAGGCCAGCAGAUGGGAAUGGAAAAAGUUAAAAGCUAAGUCCCCCAAAAAUGGCCCACCUCCCUGUGCUCGACUUGGCCACAGUUUCUCUCUGGUGGGCAACAAGUGCUUCUUGUUUGGAGGGCUGGCUAAUGACAGCGAGGACCCCAAAAACAACAUCCCUAGAUACCUGAAUGAUCUGUACACCCUGGAGCUUCGUGCUGGCUCCAGUGUUGUGGGCUGGGAUAUACCAAUUACUUAUGGUGUUUUGCCUCCUCCUCGCGAGAGCCACACUGCUGUAGUGUACACAGAAAAGGAGAGCAAGAAAUCUCACCUGAUCAUCUAUGGAGGGAUGAGUGGCUGUCGUCUGGGAGAUCUAUGGACUCUUGACAUUGACACCCUGACCUGGACUAAGCCAUCAGUGAAUGGCACAGCACCUCUGCCCAGGAGUCUCCACUCUGCCAUCACCAUCACAAACAAGAUGUUUGUGUUUGGGGGAUGGGUUCCCCUUGUUAUGGAUGACGUGAAGGUGGCAACACAUGAAAAGGAAUGGAAGUGCACAAACACACUGGCCUGCCUAAAUCUCGACUCCAUGGCCUGGGAAUCAGUGUUGAUGGAUACCUUGGAGGACAAUAUCCCAAGGGCCCGGGCAGGACAUUGUUCUGUGGCCAUCAACUCCAGGUUGUAUGUCUGGAGUGGCCGUGACGGUUACCGUAAAGCAUGGAACAACCAAGUCUGUUGUAAAGACCUCUGGUACCUUGAGACAGAGAGGCCACACGCUCCCUCGAGGGUGCAGCUUGUCCGUGCCAACACCAACUCCCUGGAGGUGAGCUGGGGCGCUGUGUCCACCUCAGACACCUACCUGCUGCAGCUGCAGAAGUACGACAUCCCAGCUGCCACUGCUGCCACCUCGCCGGCCCUCACCGCCACCUCUUCUUUGCCAGGGAACUCGCCCAAAAGCCCAGCUGCAGCUGCUCCCUCUGCUCAGAACCUACCACACACAGCCAUCUUGAAGGUUGCAGCCCCUCAGUCUGGCACGGGUACCUCCCUUGUUACUGUGCGAGCCAACCAGGCUGGGAAAUCCCCUGUCACUGUGACAUCACUUCCUCCAGGAGUUCGGAUGAUGGUUCCUGCCCAGACUGCCCAAGGAACGCCAAUUGGCAAUAGCCCUCAGAUGAGUGGCAUGGCAGCUUUGGCUGCAGCUGCAGCAGCCACACAGAAGAUCCCGCCCUCUUCAGGCACUGUGCUCAACAUUCCAGCAGGUGCCACCCUUGUCAAAACCAUAGCUGUCUCCCCUGGCUCCACCACAGUCAAAACGUCAUCUCCUCUCAUGGUCAGUAACCCAGCCACUCGCAUGCUGAAGACGGCUGCAGCUCAGGUGGGCACAGCGACUGUAUCAUCACCCAACUCGCCCAACCGACCCAUCAUCACUGUGCACAAGUCAGGCACGGUCACUGUAGCCCAGCAACACCAGGUGGUUACCACCAUGGUGGGAGGAGUCACCAAGACCAUCACCCUGGUCAAGAGCCCCCUUACUAUGGGAGGCAGCGGCACUCUGCAGAUCUCCAGCCUUGGCAAGAUGAUAUCUGUGGUACAAACCAAGCCAGUGCAGACAUCAGCUGUUACAGGCCAGGCUUCCAUUAACCCUCUAUCACAGCUCAUACAGACUAAGGGUUCUCUCCCUGCCGGCACCAUACUGAAGCUGGUGACAUCAGCAGACGGCAAGCCCACCACAAUCAUCACCACGUCCCAGGCAGGGGGCACAGGGAACAAGCCCACCAUCCUGAACAUCAGUGGCAUGUCACCCACCACAAGCAAACAGGGCACCACCAUCAUCAAGACCAUCCCAAUGUCUGCUAUUAUGACCCAGCCUGGAGCCACAGUGACCAGCAGCAUAGGGAAGAUGCCCUACACCAUCCUCACCACCAAGAUGAUGACCUCUGGCACUCCAGGCAAAAUCAUCACUACCAUGCCCAAGCUUGGCACUGCAACUGGCCAGCAGGGGCUGACACAGGUGGUUUUGAAGGGUGCUCCGGGCCAACCUGGUACCAUUCUGCGCACUGUACCCAUGGGUGGAGUCCGACUCGUCACCCCGGUUACGAUGACUUCUGUUAAGCCCAAUGUAACUACACUGGUCGUCAAGGGAACAACUGGUGUCACCACCCUGGGGACAGUCACAGGCACAGUCUCCUCCAGCCUGGCAGGGGGAAGUGUAGCCAGUGCCAAUGCCUCUCUGGCAACUCCCAUUGCCACCCUGGGAACCAUCGCCACCCUGCCCAGCCAAGUCAUCAACCCCACUGCCAUCACUGUGUCAGCGGCCCAGGCCAGUCUGACCACAGCCACUACCCUGUCCACCUCCACCAUGUCGGUGAACCAGCCAACCCAGGUGACUCUCAUCACCACCCCCAGCGGGGUUGAGGCCCAGCCAGUGCAGGACCUGCCUGUGUCCUUCCUGGCCUCACCCACCUCUGAGCAGCCCUCCUCCACUGGGGUUGGGGAUGCCCCUGGUACUGUCACCAUGGUCUGCUCCAACCCCCCCUGUGAGACCCACGAGACAGGAACCACUAACACAGCAACCACAGCCGCCUCCACUAUAGGUGGGGUGCAAAAGUUCUGCUCCAACCCCCCCUGUGAGACGCAUGAGACGGGCACCACCAACACGGCCACCACUGCAUCUGCUAACAUGUCAGUGCCGCGUGUCUGCUCCAACCCUCCUUGUGAGACCCACGAGACUGGAACCACCAACACCGCAACGACCACUUCCACCAACAUGGGAGUGGCAAUGAGGGUGUGUACAAGCCCUCCGUCAGAGACCCAUGAGAUGGGCACCACUAACACCUCGACGACCACCCACUCCAUCAUGGGCACUAACCAAAUGGGUACUGUCCAGAGUAGCUCAUCAUCUCUGCCCUCCUCUCCCCCUCAGACGACCACCUCUGCUUACCCCGGAACUGCCACAGGCAACCAGGGACCAGAAAACCUGCGCACCGGCACCACCUUCACCCCCACCACAGCACGCUCUAACAUGGGCUCAGCCCAGACCGGCACUGUGCAGAGUCCCAAGCCAGCCGUGGGCCUUACGGUUUGCUCUAACCCGCCCUGCGAGACACAUGAAACGGGCACAACCAGCACUGCCACUCAGUCCUCGUCCGGCAUGGGUAACGGGCAGACUGGCACUGUGCAGAAGGUGUGCUCAAACCCACCCUGCGAGACCCACGAAACGGGGACCACCAGCACCCCGUCCCAGGCCAGCUCCAACAUGGCUGGGAACCAGACAGGAACAGGGACGGUGCAGAGGGUGUGUUCCAACCCCCCCUGUGAAACCCACGAGACUGGCACCACCAACACGGCAACUACUGCCACAGCAGAUGGAGCAGACGGAAGCACCAGCAGUACAGAGACUCCCUCCACCACUGCAUCAGGAACAACCCCAGCCACCACCCAGAGCAGAGCCAUCACUACUGUGACCCAGUCCACACCAGCCCCGGGGCCCUCAGUACCUUCCAUUUCUUCAAUCACUGAGGGUGCAGCAGUUUCCACAGAAGAGCCCAUGCAGACUGAUGCGGCCACAGAGGGGGGAGACACCGCUAUGGAGACUGGGCUCCCCCCAGAGCUGAUGUCAGAGGGACAGAUGAGAACAGGUCUGUCUACAGAGGAACUGGCUGUGACUGCAGCAGCGGAGGCAGCAGCACAGGCCCGGGCCAUCCAGGCAGUUCUCCAGGCAGCACAGCAGGUCGCCAUGAACGAGGGUGAUUCUGGCUCAGACGGACAGCAGACCACCACAAUCCCCAUCGUUCUGACCCAGCAAGAGCUGGCGGGCCUGGUCCAGCAGCAGCAGCAGCUCCAGGAGGCUCAGGCCCAAGCCCAGGCCCAGCAGCAAGGAAACACCCAAGCCCUGCCCACUGAGGGCCUGGCUCCCGCAGACAGCCUCAAUGACCCCACGUCUGAGAGCAACGGACACAAUGAGAUGGUUGCAGCCAUUUCCAGUGCAGUGGCAUCACUGCUGCCGCGCACCUCCACUGAGACUUUGGCCCCCUCAAGCACAUUUGCUGUUUCCAGUCCAGCCAAGCUGCAACCUGCAGCUUCUCUAGCAGAGAUGGCCAAUGGCAUCGAGGGUGGGAAGCUAAACCCUCAACCAGCCCCUAUCAAGACACUUGUAAAAAAAGAGAACCAAUGGUUCGAUGUUGGAAUCGUCAAGGUGACAAACAUGGUGGUCACACACUUCUUCAUCCCAGGGGACAAUUCUCAAGUAGAGGAUGACUCUGGUGCCAUCCCAGACUACAACCAGAUGAAGAAAAUGGAGCUGCAGCCUGGCACAGCCUACAAGUUCCGUGUCGCUGGCAUCAAUGCUUGUGGUCGUGGUUCCUUCUCAGAGAUCUCUGCUUUCAAGACCUGUCUACCAGGCUUCCCAGGAGCACCUUGUGCCAUCAAAAUCAGCAAGAGCCCAGAUGGUGCCCACCUCACCUGGGAGCCUCCUUCGGUGACAUCAGGGAAGAUCAUUGAGUAUUCUGUGUACCUGGCCAUCCAAAGCACCCAGACAGCUGAGCCCAAGACCUCCACCCCAGCCCAGCUGGCCUUCAUGCGGGUGUACUGUGGGCCCAACCCCGCCUGCCUGGUGCAGUCCACCAGCCUCUCGAACGCCCACAUUGACUACACCACCAAGCCCGCCAUCAUCUUCCGCAUAGCCGCACGCAACGAGAAGGGCUACGGCCCUGCCACACAAGUCCGAUGGCUGCAAGAGUCCAGCAAAGAUGGCGCCUCAGCAAAACCAGCCCCAAAAAGACCAGUUUCCUCACCUGAUGUUAAGGCUGCUGGUCAAAAGAAAGCAAGAACGGACCAGUGAGAUGGCACAGAUGACCCCCCCCCGCUCUCCUUUUUGACCAGGAAGACUGAUCUCUUCAUCCUCAUCCUGACCCCAUCCUCGAGUUGACCCACAACCAGCCAGCAACAAAAGCAAAAUGGCAGCAGAAACCCUAGAUGAAAAUCAAUAAGAGAGAUGGUUCUGUAGGCAAGACCCCUUUUUCUAUAGGUCAUAUUCUUUCUAUAGCAACACAAAUUAAAAAAGCACAUUAUAGCUUUUACUUCAUUAGUCUUUUUCGUUUUUCUUUCCCCCUAGCUACUUUUAUUAUACAUAUUUGUGGCUAGUUUCAGUAGUUGUAGAGAAACAUUUACAGCGUCACAAGCUGUGAGCCGGCCUGAGCUUAAUGUUACUUUUUUUUAAAUUAUUUUUGGGGGAUGUAGAGAGAGGGACUUCAUGAGAUGAUGUACAGUUUGAGCAUGUGCUGAACAGGAGGCAGUGGUGGUGUUGGUUUAGAUGGGAGGAACAAUCAAAAUGGAAAAACAAACAAAGCACUUGUCCUCAAAAGGGGAAAUGUUGUCCCUCAAGCAGAAAUGUUCUUCAUUUAAGAAACCAAUAUAUACAGACAUCAUACUGGACUCCAGUCUCCUGGUAAUCUCAUCACUGUGCUUUUGCCCCUGAGAUGAGGAUUGAUGGCUCUGGUGGAGAAAGGAUUGAAUGACGAAGGAAGACAUUUGUAGAGGAACAGAGACUUUGCUAGGACUGAAAAUAAAAUAAAAUAGCAAGCAAUGAUGCAGAACUUUGCGUCGUUUUUUUCUAUUUUUUUAAGCUUUUCCCUGUGUGUAUCACCAUGCAUUUUUAAAACGUCAACUGCUUUUCUUUUUUUAUGUUUAUUAUUGUUCAUCCCCAUAGUUUAAGUGUUUGUGGGAAGAGGGGUGACAGUGCUGAGGUAGCCACUAUAUUUUAAAAUAUUGGUUUGAUCAGUUGUAUGUUCUUGUUGUAUCAGAGAGUAUGAAAAAUAAAGGCUUUUGUAUUUGUUCUGACUAGGACCGCAAAUGUAAUAGGACUGAAGGGAAUUUGAAACAGACCCAUGGAGAGGAGUGCAUUUUGUUUACUACAUCUUCCAAUGCUUGUGUUGCUGUGUGUAUGCCAAACAUGGACAAUUAAUGAAGAAGAAUCUGAUCAGUUCCACAUUCCUUCCCUCCUGCCCCAAUACACCACCUUUCCAAUCAGUAAUUUGUAUACGCUUUUCUUUUGGACUCAUUAAUUUGAGUACCCACCCCACUCCUUAAAUUUAUUUUAGACCAUGAAAUAAUAUAUUUGGAGACUUUCCUUCCUGAUACUGUUGAGGAAGAUGUGUAUUUAAUUUUUUUAGGCUCUGUAUUUGACCAAUUAUAGAGGUGAGAUGUGCAAGUUAAUUGUGAGAAGUAUACCUGUAUGUUUUUAAAUUGGGAUGUCUUGGUGGGGAAGGAAGAUGCAUAGCCAGAGUUUGGACUCGCUUGUAAAUUAGUUAUUCCAUAGCAAGAAUAAAAUAACAUCUUGGCCUUUUAUAUAAUUACCUGUACCAAAAUGUUUUUACAUGUUGGUCAUCUCGAUUGCCUUUUGUGUCAUGACUUUAUAUAAAAAAACAUGGUGCGUAUAGAUGUCUAUAUAUAUAUAUAUAUAUAUAUAUAUAUAGAGAUAUAGAUAGAUAGAUAGAUAAUCUCUAUAUCAUCUCCCUGAUCAAUUGCUAUGACUUGCAUUUGUAAAACAGAUUUGCUCAGAAUCACAUCGAGGUGCAUUACCAGUACCGAAAUAUUUAUAUUCAGGAUAAAUCACCCAUGGAGUUUUAUAGAGAGGGAAGUCGUGGAGUGGUGAUGACUGUAUUCAGUAUGUAAAAAUAAAGAGUUUUCAGAAUGGAAAUGGCCAGAGGGUAAUGAAGCCAAGGGAGAACUUGCUACCUCUCAGGAUUGUAGUACUUGCACCUUGGUUUCAGUCUCUCGAUUCUCCUGAUUUACUUCUAUAAUGAAAACCCUAAUUCAUAUAUAGCCAUGAUUUUGAGUAAAACUAGACAUGCAUGCAACCAGUGUAUUUUAGUAGUGAUGCCUUAAAUUAGACCAUAAACUGAAGGAUCUAAAAAAAAAAAAACAUUUGAGUUUGUUCCUUUCCAUGUGGUAUACAAAUGUGUCUGUUCUUUUCUUCCACAGUACCUUCACAGAGUCACAUUUUGCACCCUUAUUAGGUCGGUCAUCAACAGUGCGGAGGUCUCUCUGAACUUUUCCUCCCACACUGAGGCAGGUGCUGGUCUUACCGCUGACACUUGACGUUGCGAGUUUCUUCCGGUUGUUUGCAGGUUAUCUGGAAUUGUCCUAUAUUUUCCAAUGUGUGUUUUUGUACUGUAGGAAGUAAUGUAUCAUAUAUCAUCAAAAUAAACAUGUUAAACAUCA